GGCUGAUCAAAGUUGGGAAAAAUAUUGAACACCGUUUUAAAGUUUCGGCAUUGCAGUGGCAGGACUUGACUUGUUGCUUGCUUUGGAUUGUGUGCUGGCACGCACCCGCCUUGAGGCUCAUCAUCAAUCAUCAGCAGCAUCAUGGCAGCGACGGCGAGUGGCGGUGGAGGGUUGAUUGGGUUGUUGUGGGGAGCGAGAGCUGGGCAAGUGUCACUGCGGUCUUUGGCUAAUGUUGUGGUCAAGUUGGGGAACGACCUGCCGCGUCUCAAGUUCCUGACAGAGGCUGCUCCAGACGACAUUCUGGAAGAACCGCUGCAGGCGCGCAAGCAGGCCGUGUCAGUAUGGAAUGAUUUCAUCCAUGGGGAAGCCAUGGAAGAUGAGCGCCAAGCUGCUCCGAUGAUGACACAGCGACAUAUUGGGUGCAUGGCGACAGCGUGCUUGGCAGCACGUAUGUUGACGGAACACAUCUGGCUGCUCAGCAACAGCACGCUCUUUGGUGACUGCAGCGACAUUGCUGACUCACAGGGCACCGCCAAGAGAAUACGCCAGCAAGCAGCGCAGGACCUGCCGCCUGACGCCAUUGCUUCACUGGAUGACCUUGUUCGAGACCCUGCCGAGAACCCGCUGCAGCCCGCACCGCGCCCUGACCUCUGCCAUGACGCGCUUGGCGACAUGCUUCGAACGCAAGGCCACAAGGUCGAUGAGGAGAACAUGCUGAGGCAGCCAGAUGCGCUGCUCGUACAAGACAUUGGCAACCUGCGCAACCUCCUGGAUGUGGUCAUCAUGGAUGUGUCCUCGCUUGCUGUGGAGAAGCACGGCGUGGCGCCUCAUGUUCACAUCGACGACAGCUUGCGCUCUCUCCCUUCUCCGCUUGUCUCCAUUCCCAUGUAUCUCGACACGUUGUUGCGCGAGCUCCUCAAGAACGCAUUCACCGCUACGAUAUCCAGGCAUGGCAUUGACGCAGACAUGGCGCCCCCAAUUGAGAUUCGCCUGUCCAGGUUCAACCACCAGCUGGCAAAGAUUGCCGUCGUCGACUCGGGCUCCGGCGUUCCUUUGCGCAUCGAACGCUCCAUCUUCGACUGGUUCUUCACGUCGCAGGCAGCCAACAAGAACCCCUCGUACACCUUCUCUGGCGACUUUGGCGGCGUGCUGGCGGGCGAGGGUGUGGGGCUUCCCCUCUCGCGCACAUAUGCGCAGCUGCUUGGUGGCGACUUGGCGCUGAGUCAUGUGUAUCGUCCGUCCGGCGCUGUCUUCCACCUCCUGCUGCCCACUCUCACCUCUGCUGAUUAGCGUGACACAUGCUGGUGCUGCUGACAGUUUGCUACUUCCUCCAAACGUACAGCUCGCAGCCGUUUGCUUCGCUGCAGUUGACGCAUUUUGAGCUACAAUCGCCAGCUUGCUGUGACUUGUUGUUAUGUUACACCUCCCC